UCAUAGAAAAAUAAAUGCAGAAAUGAUUAUUUGCUUCAGGGGCGACGCCCCUGGUAAAAACAUUUUGCUUAUCAUGCACUGAUCAAUUUUGAGAUGUUAUGCUAUUUUACGUCCAUAACAUGUCUUCUUUGAGAUUGGCAGAAAGACGAUAUACAAAAUGCACAUUUCGGUGUUUAUUUUACUGCAGUUUUUCUAUUUGUGUAUGUAGAUUUCUCCUAAAUUCACCAAAGGUUAGCCUUACAUAAUGGCUCAUUUGCAUAUUUAAACAUAUUUCAGAAAACCUCUUUUACAAAAAAGAAUUGCCUUAAUGUAACUAAUCAUUUUGGGAAGUUUCAUGUGAUAUCUAUUAGUUAAAAUCUUUACCCUAUUCUCAUGGGUUCCCUUUAGAGAAAUAACAGUGUAUUUAUUUUCACGACUUUAUGAUUGCCAUAAAUAUAAAGACUUAAGAUAUUAGGGGGUACGGUAUGGGUACUAGUUUCUUCUAGGUCGAGGGGAGAGUCCAAUGAAAGAUGUUAAAUCAUGUUGUCAAUAAAUCCAGAUAUACUAACAGGUUGAUAGAGAACCAGGAGAGUUAAAGCAGCUGUAAAACAGUUGCAACAGUGUGACAGGGGGUCGUCUUAUCUAGAAAGUAUUUUAAAAAGUGUGAAGUGUACGAGGAAAAUCUGAGAAAAACUAGACAUUUUGUGCUGGAACUUUUUUUCCUUUUGUGUUCUUCAAUGAUGCUGUUAAUUAUAUAAUCAACAUAUCAUCAUCAUCAUCAUCAUCAUCAUCGUCAAUUAGAAUUAUUGCCAGAACUGACAUGAGCCAACAGAGAGUCAGUCACAUUCAACCCCAAAAUAAAUCAAUAAGUAGAGCAACAGAGUACUCAGAGGGGGAGGGCUGUCUGUCUGCCCUUUGACAUACUUAUAAGAGGUGAAUUUGUUUAUCUUUGUUGAUUUUCUGUUUACUAGGGCUUUGAUUUUAUAAAUCAGUCACACAAUCCGUGUAUAACUCGAUACAGUUUUGUUCACAUGAUUAGGCUUUAAGUUGAUAUGAUGAUGUAUUUUGUGUUUGAGCCCAGCCUCUCACUAAACUGAUCCUUUUCAUUCUUGUGUGCAUAUAAGAUGUGCUCACACUGUGUAAACAACGGUUAUUUCUGAAACUAUUAGCUUUUAGUUCGUUCCAAAUAUUUCCAAGUUAAACACUUUGGGACCUGGGAUACAAAACAAACUUGUACAGCUGGUUCGUUUGGGUCCAUCUGGUGUCACAGAACACUGUGUAUCUUCAUCUGUCCAUCACUGUAUUUAUCCACAGAGUUAAUGACCUUCGCAUUUCUGGUCUUCCAGUAUUUGUUAAAGUUAAAGGGCGAGCACAGAAACACUUUCCUCCUUCAGCAGAUAAAUUAGUGUAUGUGAAUGUCAAAUGUCCAAGUGAAGUAGCAAAAAGCAAAACACUUUUUUGACUGAAGAAAAAAAAUUGAAGAAAUGCAUAUUUUGAAGUGCUUCGUCAAAGCAGCUAUUCGAUGUUUUUUCCUUGACAUUCAUUCAGUGCUCGUGGAAAACCUUUGACCUGGUUGUCGUAGAACCAUUAAAGACGUAUUCAGCUAUGGCAAGUAGAAAGUGCAUACAAUUCAAUAAUGAAAAAGCAAUAAUGCUAUGAAUACAUUUUGCAAUAAGUCAUUUUCUGUGAAUAGACAAAACUCCAGGACAAACUCCACUGCUCUACUGCAUGACCUCAUAUAUCAAGUAGAGGAGGUUUACCUGUCCUGACCUGAACCAGCAGCCAUAAGGGUCAAAGUGCAAAAUAGCAACAGAGGAAAGCAGAGGGCACAGAUUACAAAAACUGACGCAGAUUUACUUGAAAACACACUCUCUCAGCAGGGAUCAUCAACUGAAACAUUACGUCUCAGCCGGUAGACCGCUGACUGAGCGCCGAGGUUAGAAGUCUGUGAGUCCCAGUAGAUAGUCCUCCGUGUUUUGGCGUGAUCCUUUGGUAACCAUGAUGACUGCAGAGCCACCUAAGGGACUGUUGCACCGAAACAUCAAAGCCCGUCAGUCAGAUGAGAUCUCUGGUCAUGUUGAGGACCGUAAUCAUUUACAAGAGGAAGAUCUAAGACGGUGGCAGAAACAUGCACAGAAGGUGAAGGAGAAAGUCCUGGAGCAGGUCCAGGAUCAGCUCAGUGAUCUACUUGACAAAGCUCUGACUGAGUCCAUCCAGCCUUUUACCCAAUUACAGCCAGCAGUUAAUGGAAAUAUGUCCAAAAGACCCUCAUCCAGUUCUCAGAGAAUGGAUGACGGCAAAGUGUUCGUGGACAGGCCAUCGCUGUUGGAUGAACUGUUUGAGAUCAACCACAUCAGGACCAUCUACCACAUGUUCAUCGCCAUACUCCUCAUCUUCUGCUUUAGCACGCUGGCUGUCGACUACAUCGACCAGGGCAGGUUGGUCUUGGAGUUCGACCUGCUGUUCUUCGCUUUUGGGAAGCUGGGGAUGGCCACCUGGGCCUGGGUUGUGAUGUUUGUCUACACCCUGCUCGUUCCCUACUUCACCCUGGUGUACUGGGGGUCUUUGUACCACAGCUUCCCCUCUAAGUUGGGGCUGUCUAUCGGCACGGGCCUGGUCCUGUCUGCAGUGCAGACCUGCGUGCUGGGUGUGUUCCCCAUCUAUGUGGUUGUACACUACCAGCUGCCACCAGCCUCGCGGCUCAUUGUGAUACUGGAGCAAAUUCGAUUCCUGAUGAAGAGCUACUCGUUCAUGAGAGAAACCGCUCCUGUUAUUAUGAAGAAUACACCAAAGGAAGGAGAAAGUCCAAGAUCCCCAACACUUUCCAGCUAUCUGUACUUCCUCUUCUGUCCAACACUCAUCUACAGGGAAUCUUAUCCCCGGAAUACCCACAUAAGAUGGAAGUAUGUUGGCGUCACACUUUGUAUGAUCUUAGGAUGCCUGUUUUACUGCUACUUCAUCCUGGUCCGCCUCUGUGUGCCCGCCUUCAGACCUGAGACCAACCAGCCUUUUAGUAAACGAACAAUGGUUCUGGCUGUGUUCAACUCAAUAUUACCAGGUAUAAUGAUCCUUCUGUUGUGUUUCUUUGCCUUCCUGCACUGCUGGCUCAACCUCUUCGGGGAGCUGCUGCGUUUUGCGGACAGAAUGUUUUACAAGGACUGGUGGAACUCAACGUCUUUCGCCAACUAUUACCGUACCUGGAAUGUAGUGGUUCACGACUGGCUCUAUUACUACGGAUACAGAGACUUCCUCUUGCUGUCCAAAAGGAAAUUCCGAACGGCUGCCAUGCUCUCAGUGUUCAUCGUCUCUGCUGUCGUCCAUGAGUACGCCUUGGGCAUGGCAUUCGGCUUCUUCUAUCCCGUCUUGUUCUGUCUCUUUGCCUGCUUUGGAGUGAUGUUCAACUUUACCAUGAACGACAAGCGACAGAGCCCCGUGUUCAACGUCAUCAUGUGGACGUGUCUCUUCCUGGGUCAGGGUGUUCAAGUGUGUCUGUACUGCCAGGAGUGGUACGCUCAGAUACACUGUCCUCGGACAGGGAAUAGCUUCUGGGAGUUGGUUACACCUCGAUCAUGGUCCUGCACCUACCAGAGUUGAUGCUGCCUUUCUCCUGGGCUGGAUGGAUGAACGAUCAAAGUAUGGAGGUCUGAAAAUCACGAUGGACUGAACACAGGAGAGUGCAAGGAAUUUGAAAGACAUGUAAAUAUACAUUUUUUUGUAUGAUUUUGUUUUUGUUGUGUGAAGAUUUCUUUUGUUUUUUUUAGACGCGUCGUGAUCCGUAUGUCGCUGAUCACUCGCCUCUGAAUUAUUCAAAGUGUUCUAACAUACUCAGAAUGCCUUAUAAUCUGAUUAUAGCAGUGUAUAUUUAUAGUCAUAAGUAAUACAUAUUCAGAAUGCUUUGUAACAAUAAUCAUAACAAUAAUAAUAACACAUUAUAAACAUUUUAUAAUUACUUAUAAAAUCUUUAUUUCAUAAUUGCUGGUCAUACAUGAUGCAUUAUAAUGUUUUAUAAUGCGAUUAUAAGUUACUCUUAGUGAUCAUUGUUUGCUUAAAGCAAACAAUGACCACUUACAGUAACUUAUGACAUUAUAAUGCAUCAUAACAGUGUUUACAAGACAUAAAAAUAUUGCAAUAUAAUACAACUAUGGGAAUUUUAAUACAAUAUUAUCCUUGCAAAAGAAUUAUGAAGUAAUUAUGAAAUGAUGACCUGCAGUUAUUGGGUAUAAUGAUCCUUGACCUUAUAAGUCAUUAUAAAAUACUUUAUAAUGUGAUUAGUCAUAAAGCAUUAUUCAUAUUUAUGAGUACUUAGAGCUAUAAGUAUACAGUGCUGUAAAUAGUAUUUUCUUAAUGCAAUGGCUAUCAAAGAAAAAGUUACCAAACUUUCUUUAAAAAUAAUUGUAAUGUACUGAUUUCUUUUUUUUUUGUCAAGUGCUCAUAGAACAUCUCACUGUAAGCAAAAUGUUGUGCAUUAAUCAACAAGUAGCUUGUUUAUUUACAAUAUUAAGAGAAAAUGUGUACAUUCUCUGUGUACGGGUUAAAGAAACAGGAUACAACAUGUAAAUGAGUGAGCUUUAGAAGUGCUUGUACGCAGGUUCUUUGGACAGAGUCAGGUGAGCUGUUUCCCCCUCUUACCAGUCUUAAUGCUGAGCUAGGCUAAUUACCUCCCAGCUCAAUCUCCAUAAUUAAUGUACAAAAUAUCAUAUACAAAGUAAUUAACAAGGGGAUAAUAGUUACUGUAGUUAUAAGCUAUCUUAGUUUCUUAACCUUCCUUGACCCAAUUAUUUGAAUUAUUAAAUGUAUUUAAAUGGUAUUGCUAAACCUCAGAAACUCAGAACUAUCUGCAAAUAAAAUUGUACAUUGCAUUUUUGUUCCCGCUAUAUUUAUAAUAAAUCUGGACAUGAUUGUAGAAAACGUUUCACAGAAGACAGGUGAAAUCAGUGACAACUUUGAACAGGCUCUGCCACUGUGAGGGCACUAGGCCUGCAGCGUGUGUUGCAUGUUUAAUCCUGCCUCGGUUGACAUUCAGAUGGCAGGGAUUGGUUGGGAGAGCAGGUACGUUAACCAACCAACCAACCACAGGCAGUGCAGCGUCUUAUCAGUCCGCCACAAAGCCUCUGUUUGUCUGCCUGCCACGUCCCUCUGAAGUCAUACAGGAAGAAGAGGAUUAACAUUGGUACAGUGUUUGCAUUAGUGAUGUAAUGCUCUGUAAACUGAUGUACUGCAAUACCAUGGCAGCUCAGAGAGGAACAGAGGGACAGGUGGUUUCAGAAGCAGCGUCUAGUAGAACUUAAUAUAUUUGUGUCUACGUUUGACAUAAUUCAUCAAAUGUUAUACUUGAAAAUAAAAUCAUCUGUUGUUUUUUUGUAUUUUAUUUUUAUUUUGACAUUUUGUUUGACAUGUCUUUUUUAUCACUAGCUUUCUUUUAACUUCUAUGAACGGGUCUGUGACACAUUUGAUCUGUUUGAUGGCUUUUCUGCAGCCAUCAAUGAGCCACUUUGCUGGUCCAAUUGGAAAUGUCAUCUUUGCUGCAGGAACACAAUGGGGGGGAGGUCAUAUUUGCAGAAAUAAAAAUGCCCCUUAAUGUCCAUUAUUUGGGCAGAAUUUGGCCACUUAAGGGGGUGAGAAGUCAACAAUGAAAAAUCAACAUAUAAAAUCUGACAAACCAACUAUUCACUCAUCUUUUAGCGCUGGUCUGAAAUAUCUAGCCCCAUUGUUAUCACCAGCUAGUUGACAACUCUGUCUGUUUGGUGACGGGCAGGAAGCACCGAACUGCUACUUUGCUGAAAACCGCUGUUAAUUUACGGACAGUAAAACACAAACAAUGAGCUGUAAGACGCUAAAACACUGCAGAGCUAAAGAAAAACUGCAGUCAGGUGAUAAUUAUCUCUGGGUUUGCCACUGAGAGUCAUGCCUCUCACUUUACACUUAACAACAUUGUUAAAAUGAAUGUAUUUAUUGUUGCGGCGUUAAUUGAGCUUUGUGAAUGGAAUAUAAUCAUCCAGGAACAUAUUCAAAAAUGUUUAGUCCGUAUACUGAUGGUAGAGAGGAAGGUAUUUUCAUUUGUUGAUUGAGUCUGCAGCUGUGAUGCACUCUAAAUGACAUGGUAGAUGGAUACAUUACCCAAUAAAUACAUGAAAUGAACGCUGUUAUGAGAUAUUGAGCAUGUACGUAAAUGUUUAACCAUCAGGCUUUUACAACUUCUUCUUUCCCAUUCUACAGAGAGCAGUUUAAACCGGUGGUUUUGUCCUGGAGAUGUUUUUUUUUCUUAUUUCUGUUAAAUAUUAAGUAAUUAAACUAAAUUAAAUAAUUGUACUAUUAUUUGGAUUGCAUGAUCCCAUGUUAUUCUGUAACAAUAUAAGACAAAUGUUCUGCCCAAUUACCUCUAAAACUACAACACAAAGUGCUGAGGGUUAACUUGAGCUGAAAUGUAAACAUCUGCUUGGCUGGUCCCAACAUGGAAACUGCUGCAACCACAAGAUAUGUUUUGUAUUUUUCCUCUUGAAUGAAUGGAAAGUAUGUUUAACUAGCACACAAACAGACAGAUUGUAUUAUGUCCUUCCAUGCAGAAUAUGCAGUAGAAAAUAAAGGAAUAAAUAAAAGCAAAGACAUGUUUUAUAAA